GACGUCAUUUUGAGUUACUUUAGAUGCUUCUCAACACAUUUCCGUUAUGCGAAGUCCAACCUGUUGGUUUGUCGUCGUGCUGCGGUGGGUGCCCAUCCGAGAUAACGGAGAACCAGUGAUUCUCAGCCGGUCUGGUUACUGCAAUGAAUGGUAACACUAUCCAUCCAGCCAACACCACCACAACAGCAGGAGGAGGCCCAGGUGUGGCAGCGGCCCCGAGAGGCUGGAGGGAGUUCUGCGAGCUACACGCCAUUGCCACAGCCCGGCAGCUUGCCGGACACUACCGGAGCUUUGCCAGAGAGCGCCCUCAACAUGAAGUACUUCCACCAGAGACCUUUUCCAAGCAGUUCUCCGAUCUCUUCCAGCAACACUUCUGCUGUGAGGUCAACAAAGAUGGCACUCCGCUACGCCAGAGCACAUGCUCUACUGCUACCGGAAGUGCUUCCUCCAGCACUCCAGUGGCCCCUCCCCUCCAAUCACAGGCUGUGAUUAGUCGAUUGCGGAUCACGUCUUUGUCUGGGGUGCAGGAUUAUCGGGAGGCGGGCCGACCAAGCGGGGGAGCUGCUCUGUUCACCGUGGUGUCACCGAAAGUGGAGCCGGUGGUGGUGAGCCGAGAACAAGAGCAGCCGCUGCGAUGUUCUGCGGGAAGCUCCUUGUCAGCAAACCCGGUGGUGCUUAGGGGCUCGACUCGUAGUAUCGGCAGCGGGUCACUUCUGAUUCGUAGCCGUAGCAACGAGGAAAUCUCUGGCACUGACCGUCGCCAGGUAUCUGAACGGUACUCAUCUGACUCCUCAACUUCCAACCCUGCACACCCUGACAUCACACACUUCUCCUUCAGUCAAAUACAGCAGAGCGUAAGACGGCUUCUCAAGAAACGGCCCGUCCCCAGCCCCCCCUCAUCCCAGGACCUGUCUUCUAGUAACCCCACUAACAUUAAUCCCCCAAAUAAUGCCGACAGAGUGGGCGGAGUGUCCUCCACAACAGAGCAAGUGUCCUCCAUCUCAUCAUCUUCCCACUCCUCCUCCUGUGUGAACUAUGAAGCCACGCCCCCAGCCUCCUCACACCUAUCUAACUUCCUGGAUCGUUUCCGUUGGUUACGCAGUGGAAGCAUGAGGCAGAGGAGGUCAGAAGUGAGCGGCUGCUGUAAAGAGGGCCAACUGAGGUACUUGCUGGUGGAUGACACUAUCUCAGACUCUCAGCCCCGCUGGCAACGCUGCCGCCUGCUGGUCAGGAGGAUCAGGGACGCUCAAGGUGGAGGAGGAGGAGGAAGAGGAGGAGGGGAGAGAUACCAGUUGGAGCUGUAUGAUCCUCCAAAGGCCUCCAGUCCCAAGCUGACGACUCACUGCUCAGAUAUCCAAGAAGUCCGUCGUUGCACCCGGCUGGAGAUGCCCGACAAUUUAAACACAUUCGUUUUAAAGGUUAAUCGAGGUAGUCUGAUAUUUGAGACAGACAACGACCAGCAGGUCAGCUCCUGGACCACAGAGCUAAAGGAAUGUAUCAGCAACAGGUCAGGCAGUGUGGAUCUGGAGCCCCUCCCCUCUCCAGCUGACAGCUCUGUUCCAACCAAUCACAGAGGGAGUUCAGAGUCAGGAAGUCAUAUUCCCCUCACCUUCGCCCCACCAGAGCAGGUUGUCCAGAAGACUGAUCACUUCCUGUUCUCCUACCCCUGGUUCCACGGGCCCAUCUCCCGAGUCAAGGCAGCCUACCUGGUGCAGAGCUCUGGACCAGAGGGACAUGGAGUGUUUCUGGUCCGACAGAGCGAGACUCGCAGGGGAGACUACGUCCUCACAUUUAACUACCAAGGAAAAGCAAAGCACCUGCGCCUCUCUCUAACAGAAUGGGGUCAGUGCAGGGUACAGCACCUGCGCUUCCCUUCCGUCAUGGACAUGCUCAGUCACUUCCGCCUCUUCCCCAUCCCUCUGGAGUGCGGAGCCGCCGGUGCCGUCACGCUGUCCAGCUUCGUAGUGGCGGGCUCCAGCCCUCCGUCACAGGGUCAGCUCUCCAACGCUCUCCUGGUCCCCUUCUCCCUGCAUCGCUGGAACUCGGAGCCCAACUUGGCUCACUGCAGCCUGGCUCGCAGCUCCAGCCAGCCUCACUCCUCCUCCUCCACCACCUCCAGUCCGAGCUCCGUCUCCCAGCCGGGAAACCACCCGUUUCUUCGCGCCAACGUUGCCCCUCCUCCAUCAGCCCCUGUUCCUUUGCGUCGGAGUGAGUCAGUGGGCAGGGCGCCCCUGCUUCGCCACACCAACCCCCGCACUUCCAUCAUCCCUCAGCGGGACUCAGACUAUGAGCUGGAGCCGGAGCGCAGUCGCAAGCGGGCGAUAGACAACCAGUACAUGUUGCUCUGACCCCACUGAGUCACCCGCCUCCAUCACCUCCAACAGACGGCAGUCUCCUGUGAAGCCAACACGCUCACACACACGCACGCAUAUGAUCAUGCACACAUCAUCCAGACGUAUUUUGUUGCCCCACCCAGCUUCACGUGGGUGUACGAAACUCUCAGAGAGCACAUGAUUACAGCAGACUCAUGAACUUGAGCGUGUAAGUCUUUGUCUGAUGAAUGCGCUGCAGUGUGUAUAUCACACAGAAACACACACUCACACUCACUAGGUCUGUGCUGGGUGUGUGUUUACCAGCGUCAGAUCCUCACAACCUCCACCCCCUCCCCGAGUGUCCACAGUGAAUGUAUUUUGGGAGUUUUAUAACAGUGUUGACUAUGAUGAUUAUUAUUGUUUUUAUUGAUGUUGAGGUUGUGUGUGAGAGAGGGAGGGAGAGCCACGUGUGUAGCUGUCCUCAAGCCCGUGCAAAAAAUCUUUCUACAAAGUUUGAAUCCAGGUGAUUUCACAGAGCUGUGCUUGACUUAACUUCUUUGGCACUUAACCUGAAGCAGUGAUGGGAAAGCAUUACAGCAUUUACAGUGCUUGUAAAAUGAGUUAAAUCAAGCGCUCCUUUAAAAAUGUUCAAAAGACAUUUACUCUUCACACAAAGUUCCCCGUGUGGAGCAAACUCACCUUUUAUACAAACACACAAACAAAAAGCACUCAAUUGGAGAGUGUCUACACUCUAUUAGAUAUUCCUCCUCUUGCACAUUAUCUUACAUUUAAGUGCACAAUGCUUUCAGUGCACUUUGGAAACAAUGUGUAUUUUUUCUAUACACAGAUUCUUUUGUAGAAAAAUAAAGUAAAAAAUAAAGUAAAAAGAAGUAAACUUGGUUAAAGUCAGUCGGGAAGCUGACCCGCUUCCACGACUCCUGCCCCAAACCAUCACCCAAGCAAUUCCAGAGAAUGAUCAACAUUCAUCAGUUUGUACCUGAAGCUGUGGGAUCUCGUCGCCAUUUGCGUGUGUCAGAUCUGUCCAUACAGUACACGAGAUGAAAAGCGUUGUCCGUCAGCAUGAUCGCGCUGGCCUCAGUCUGGUACAAUAUUCACCUCCCAGUCAGCCUGUGAGUUUGUGUCCCAGCACUCGCAGGUUUAACAAAAUCAGAGUGUUUUUGUUCUGUUGUAAAGCAGUGGAACCAAGUUUACUCUGUGCUUACGUACUCUGAAGAAACCUUUCUCCAGAUAGUGUAGUAUAUAUGUUUAUAUAUUUAAAGCACCAAAGGCAUUAUGUGCACAAAAUGAACUUUUGGGGCGAGCGUAAAGUGUCACUUGGCGUCACAGACUGCUAAAAUUCAAAGAAACGGACGUAAUAUGUGUAGAUAUUCUCACCAGCCUGCAAAACUGAACAGUGGUUUAGAAAUGGAUGGAUGAAUUGAUAUCAUCUUUCCUGAUGCUUAACGAGCAUAGAUAAUAGAUAAUAUUUCUGCCACAAAAUGCAGUCAGAAGUGUGUUUCUAUCAGCAGCGUCUCUGUUCAGGAUGGUACCAGAAAUGCUGAAAAUGUAUUCUGUGGCACCAAACGCCGGCUGAGUGUAAUUAAGUUAAUGUCAUCCCGAGCGUUACAAAUGAAUGAUGACAUAUCAAUUAUACUUCCUUUCUAUUGAGGGCGGUGGCAUGAAAAGAAUUUCUGUGUCACCAAAAGUGAUGCUUGGCACCCUGGGGUGCACUUUGCACACAUAAAGCAAAAACCUAGGCGCCCAAUAACAUACAUGAAGUUAAGAGGCUUCACUUGAGAGGGGGAAACACUCCACAUACAGAGCAACAAGAAGCAAGAAUUCAAUCUUGUGUCGUCCUACCAGCAAUGUGAUUUUUAACAUUUUAGAUUUAAAACGUUAAGAGUGACAUUACUGAAGUCACACAAAUAAAAUAAAAUAAAAUAAAAAAACAUUUAUUUUCUUACAAUUGUGGGAGCGGCAUCAUAUCUGACUCUACUUUUUACACUCAUAGCAUUAAUUAUUUUUCAUUUAAGUAUUUCUUUUCCUGCAACUUCACCACAACGACAAAUAGAUAAAAACAAAGAGGACACAGCAAUAAUACAUUUUUACACU